GUUAAUAGAAUGUACUAAGUCACACUGUUGAAUUCGUAAUUUGGGUAUUUUGUGUUGUUUUCGGUAUAAAAUUUGUACGUACAUAAAAAAGAGCCGAAACAUCGGUGUGCUGCAAAUUGUUUACAAUAAAAUCAAAUUUUAUUUAUAAAAUAAUCUUUUGUAUGAAAUGAGUGGCUUAACAAAAGUUGUUGGCUCAAGUGAAGAAUUCGAUACAUUUGAAGAAAGUAUGAUGAAGCGGCCAAUGUACACAGAUCAACACCAUUGCGAAAUUGCUUUUCAUCGAUUUUCGUUGUUACGCGCGAAAAAUUUAUUGACGGAUGCCGUGAUAUUGAGCAGUGAUGAUAAAAGGUUCAAUGUGCACAGUAACAUAAUGGCAGGAAAAAGUGAUUAUUUUUUCAAUACAUUGCUGAAUGCCGUCAAUAACGAAAGCGAAAACGUCACCGAUGAACAUAAUUCGUUUUUGCAAUGCACGACACUGGACAUUGUGUGUCAACUGAGCAUUGAUUCGUUGGCGUUGGAAAUGAUUAUUACAUUUUGUUAUUCAGGCGCUAUUGAACUGACCGUGGACAAUGUUGAAAGUAUGCUCAUCGGUGCUAGAGAAUUGGCGAUCGAUUCAUUGACAUUACUGUGCUCAAAAAUGCUUGGUGACAUAUUGGACAGAAACAAUUGUAUUCAAAUACUUGAAAUUGCCGAUAAACAGGAGAUAGACACACUCAGAGAAAAAUCAAUCACCGUAAUUUCAGCAGAGUUGCCAAACAUCAGCAGACUCCCAGAAUUUUAUCUGUUGAAUGGAUAUCAAAUGUACUGGUUGAUUGAACUAUUGUCAAAUAGUCAAAAUGGAAUUUUUGAUGAUUUAUUGAAAUCGUUGAAUGACGCAGAAAGUUCAUUGCCGCACUAUCUUUUUGAUGGCACUGACACACAUGCAGCAGUUCGAGCUGCGUUCAUCAUUGGCUAUUUUCAAGGCACAAUCAGUCAAAAUUCUUUUAACGGCCAUUCACCACUUGUAAAUGCUGCACUGAAUGUAUCCCGUGUCAUUCACCGUGCUCAUAGUACUUGUAUUCUGAACGGAUCCGAUCAUCUUGACAGUGAACCUGAUUUCGAAAGCGAGGAAGAAUUCGUGCAAUCACCUCCAAUCCCAGUGCUGGUGCUUUUAAAACGUAAAACCAUUCAAUUUAAUACAUUUUGCGAUAUCGAACAAAAAUGGGAAAAAUGUAUAAUGAAAGUGGAUCUAAUGCAAGCCAUCGAAUCAUUUCGAGAUGCAGUUAUGAUACCAGUCGAGAAAAAUAUUGUGAUAUUCAAUAUGAGAAAUGGUUUUAUAUCACAGGCACAGAGUUUGUCAUUAAACACUACGAAUAUUGAAUGUAUCACACUACCCAUUGAUAUUGAAUGUGCACGAUUAGCAUUGUUUUGUACUUUAAACAACAAAAUUUAUUGCUUUGCACGAUCGGAUCAACAAUAUUAUAACAUAUUUGAUACAAAAGCAAAGCUAUGGUCAAGCGGCCAAAUAGAUGAUGUGAUGGACGCCAAAUAUAUAGUGGGUGUUAAAAACGAGUUAUAUUUCAUUGGAUGUGGUUUCAUGCGAACAACUGUUCGCAGUUAUCAUAUUGAGAGAAAGCAAUGGACAUCAAGAGGCCUACUGCGCAUUGAAAACAAAGAGAAUUGCUUCAAAGCAACUGAACUAAAUGGUUCCAUCUUUGUAGUGAUGUCUUGUUUUGAUUCAGCGAAAAUGUACAAUGGAACAGAGUUUGUUGUUCAGCGAUAUGAUGAAAAUGUUGAAGAUUGGAUUGUUAUAAAAAAAAUCUACUUUACACACUAUGUCGAUUAUUUCCACUUGGACGUUAUUGGUGGUUGCUUGUACUUGUUUUAUAGUGAUGGUGAGGUCCAGAUAUACAACGAAGAGCAGCAUGAAUGGCAAAAAGGGCCUACUAUCGAUUACAAUGUGCUCGACGUAUCGAUGUGCAUGAUUGAAGCCAAAGAAGAUGACAAAUGGGCCCAUAAAUAACCGUUUGGCAAAAGUCGGUGAUUAAAUAAAAUUAAUUUCUAUUUUUUUUUUUGAAAAAUUGCAUCAAUUGUAAAAUUUGUAAAUGUUUUUUGAACAAAUAAUUGUUAAAAUUAUUUUUUUAUUAAAUGUUGUGCAUUUGUUCAAACUAUUUUUUCCACAGCAAUGAAAUCCCUACUACCGUGCUAGAUGGUGCCGACACGAGUGGACGGAUUUUUAAAUUUAUUUGAACGACGCCAUGUUACUAUACUUGUCCA